CGUUGUUAUGCUGUCUUACACAGCACAGACUCUUCCUCUCCGGAGAUUUGCACCGACAGCGACUUGCCUUUUGACUGGCGCCACCGGCCCGCCCAGGGCUGCACAUCCUGGGCCGUCUCCGUCUCACCCCGCAGAAUGGGAAAGAUGAACGCCGGCAGCGAAGGCGCACCAGGACUCCUCGUGCAGAAGCUCACCGCCGAGAACGCCCGGGUAGGCCAACCCAUCUGCCUACCCCCUGUGUUGCAGUGGAUGUGGCACUGCAUGCAGCUGAUAGCUGGCCAGCAGGAGCUGGAGGCUCGGCUGAAAGGAGUGGAGGCGGCGCGAGACGUCCUCAGGACAUCCAUUGCCCCGACUACAACUACAAAAGAGGACGGCAACAAUGGACAGACCGAUGGGGUGUCUCCCUCGACACUGCUGGACAAAAGGUGCAUGAGACUCUGAGAAUAGGGAGACGAAGUGAUCGUGACGUGUCGCCCCUCUCUGUAAUGAUAUGCGCGUUUCAGUGUCGAGAUUGAAUUGAACACCCUUCGUAAGGAGCUCCUCAAGGCCAUCUCAAAGUUCACGAGACACAACAACAGCUUCCGAGACAUGCAGCAGCGAAAGUCAGGCAGCCCACCGACCCGGCAGCAGUUGUCGUGAGUGAGUACUCCUUGUGCAACUGUCUGGCUGCAGGGAAGAGCUUGAGGGCGAGAAUGCUCGAUUGCAGAAGGAGCUAGAGACACACAGGAGAAGUGAGCACAGCCACGCACAGACGGAUACAGACGGCGAAAUGGAUGUUUGUCCAUCUGUGUUUUGUGUAGGGUCUCACAUGUACAUGAUGCGCAUCACUACCAUGAGCUUGAAAGAAAGGGACACCAAGACCAAUAGGGCGCAAUCGCAGCUCUCAGCGGCAUCUACUCCAGCAAGGCCCGCAGCCACUACCAAGCCCGCAGAUGACCCUUCGGGCUCUAGAGAUGAGGUUGCAGACCUGAAGAAGCUCAAGGAACAACUCGUCAAAUCGGUCGGUCGGUAUGCAGGCAGACCAAUGCAUCCAUGUACCGUUUCUCCCAUUGCAUGCGCAGAUCGAGGAGAGAGACAGACAGCUACAGGUAAGAGAGCCAGCAAACAAUGGCGCGCGUAAGGCUUAAAUGCGUCUUUCCAUCUCAGGCCCGUUCCACGUUGAUCAGCGAGCUCCAGGAGCGCCUCAGCGCAUUCGAAAAAAGACCGACGAGACAAAGAAAUAAUCAGCCCAUCACGGCCUCGCUGUCCUCUCCCGACCUUCUUGAAGCGACACGGGAGCAUUUCGAACAACUCAAACACCAGCACGCACAAGGUAGGGCAGAGAGACUCAUACGUCAGAUCCCCCGUGGCUGACACGCUUCCCCCCGCCCUUUGCCUUCACACACAGUGCAAGACCACGCGCAGAGUCUGAAGCGGCAGCUGACCACACAGAAGGACAAGGUGGGCGAAAACCACGCACAGGGAGUCCAAUGCAGCCGCUGGAUGGAUGGGUGGGUGGGUGGAUGCAGCUACGUGCCGUGACUGAAGAGAGAGACAGAUUGGGCGAGGUCAGCAGGCCUUUUAGCCCCUGCACACGACUGCAUGGUUGUGUGUGUUGUAUGUUGGCUCAGGCCCUGAGUGAGGCGGUGCAGCAGCUAGAGGACACACGCGUGAAGGAACAGCAGCAGGAUGGCAGCCCCGAGCAGCGUGAGUGGAGGCGGAAGUGCCUGCAGCUCACUCAGUAAAUUAGACCACAAACAUCCACAUGCAUGUAGUGAUGUGCACGUCCAUGCAGGCGGCUGGUGGAAGUGCAGGAGAAGUGUGAUGUCCUGGAGAGGCUGCUGCAGCACGAACAAGACAGCAGAGAGUAAGCCAACCCCCUCCCUCCCAUACCCACACACGCACAGAAAGCGACACAGCCUCCUUUGUGCGCCUAUUCUGAUCAGUCCGCAGAAGAGAGAGCAGAGGGCCCAGGAGGAUUUCGAGAAAAGAGCAGAGGGCAUCAGGCGCAAGGCCGAGGAAGACGUUCGUCAGCUCGCCGAGACAUGGGCAUCCAAGAACACUGAGCUGGCGGAAAGGAUCAACAAGAUCCAGGCUGACCGCGGAGCGGCCAUCGAUGCCCUCACGCAGAAGGUGGAGACGCUCCAGCACGAGCUCAGGUACGGCAAGGUGCUGCAGACAGGGAUCGACAAGGGUAUUCCUCUCCUGAGUCUCCUCUCGUGUGCGCCGUCCGUUCAGUGAGAAGGACGCCGAGAAGACAGCAGUGAAGAGUCAUGUUGCCGAGCUGCAAAGACAGCUGGAGGUGACAUGAACAUACAUAUCACCCCAUGUCUCGUCAGUCAGCACCAAUACCCACCCGUCUGUUCCGUCAGGCGAAAAGUGAGGAGGUCACUCAGCUAAAGGGGUCGCCAUCUCAGCAGCAGCCGUCCAAGCCCCCUCUCUCAGCGGUGUCCAGCUCGGCUUCAUCUUCGUCUCGCCCGUCCGCAGCCCCCCACAAGACGAGGCACAUCCAGCGCCAGCGCACAAGCAGUGCGCGGACCAUCCCCCGGAGCAGACAGAGCUCCCUGACAUCGGUGGAAGGAGCCACCGCUACCCAUGACGAGCCUGUUUGUCAGCCUGCAGCAGAACAAGACACGAGCAGGCCCUCUUCUCCCCCACCCCUCUCACCUCCUUCUGCUGUUCGCAAGAGUCAUGUAAGAGUUGACGUCAGCCCUAUAGCGACAGCAAGGCAGAGUGCUGCUGACGGGGCGGACUCGCCUGCAGGGAAAACAGACAGCCAAGUAAAGGGGCAUGGCAGUCCGACACUGAUAGAGUGGAUGCGAUCGCAGAGAGGAAGAUGAUCCGUGUUUCACUUAGUGAGG